AUGACAAACCAGCACGAUCCAUGGGGCAAUCAACAACGUCCCUUGGGACAGCCGUUCAAUCGUCAACAUCCCCCGGUAUUGCCACCUCCAGCAACAUUAGAAACAGGGGGUCAAUCAUUUUAUCCUUUGCCUAGUCUUCCAAGUUUAGGAAAUGGAGCAGGUCAUCCACAGCCUGGUCAUGGUUUUAAUAUACCAUCGAUUAAUGCUGGAGAACCUAUUCAGAUGAAUACAGCACCCGAGGCACCCAGUCAAGAUAUGAGAAGGUCCUCAACAGGGACUCAAUUGCCUCCUCCUGUCGCCUUGGGCACGGAACAUCAGGUACUUCAACCAACAGCACCUCCGGGUGUACCAAACCGUUCUACAACUACGAACAUUUACAGACCUUUGAAUGUGAAAGAUGCUCUUUCUUACUUGGACCAAGUCAAGGUUCAAUUUUAUAACCAGUCUGAUGUCUACAACAAUUUCUUAGAUAUUAUGAAGGAUUUUAAAUCUCAAAGUAUCGAUACUCCAGGCGUAAUUGAUAGGGUAUCAACUCUCUUCAGAGGGUACCCCAAUCUUAUUCAAGGGUUUAAUACUUUUUUACCACCAGGUUAUAGAAUAGAAUGCUCUCUCGAUCCUUCUGAUCCUAACCCUAUAAGGGUAACCACUCCGACUGGUACUACGACGCGUCCAAAUAUUGAUGGUGAUUAUAAUCAAGUAUGGAAUUCUGGUGCCACUGCUGAACAUAGAAACACUCUACAGGAAUCUCAACAACAGCAGCAGUUUUCUCCGGACCAAGCUGCGACACAAGCAGCACAUGCCGUCCAGCUUGCCCACAGCCAGUCUUUACCACAAGGAGUGGACCAGCAGCAACAGCCAAACGGUGGGCAGAUUGAAUUCAAUCAUGCAAUAUCUUACGUGAACAAAAUUAAGACGAGGUUCGCUAACCAACCUGACAUUUAUAAACAAUUUCUCGAGAUAUUACAAACAUAUCAACGUGAACAAAAGCCUAUUGGAGAAGUUUAUGAACAGGUAACGGUAUUAUUUUCGAAUUCACCGGAUUUGUUAGACGAUUUCAAACAAUUUUUACCUGACACUAGUAAUCAGGCCUUCAUUCAACAGCAACAACAGAUCCCACAAGGCCCAUAUUAUGGCACUGGUAAUGGUGUUUCCCAAUUGCCCCCUGUUGGAAAUUUUCAUCCAUCGACAGGCUCUGCAGGUUUUAGUCCUAGUAACGCCCAGCAACAUUUUAGUCAUCAGGCGAAUUAUCAAAUUACUGGCGUUCCAGGUAAUCCCGAUGCUGCUGCCAUAGUAAAUAAUGACGUUGGAGCUUCUAAGAAGAAACACUCCAUUUCCGAAGGUUAUUCGUAUGAUGAAAGUUAUAAUCAAGAAGCGCAGGUCUCUAACUUACGUACUAAUGUCCAACCAUUCAAAAAGGAUGGUUCUAAGAAUGGCAUCACAGCAGUAACUAAUCCAACUUUAGUAGCAGGGAUUCCUGAACCAGUCCCUCCUUUUGCCGCUGUCAAGACUUCAUCUUUACUGGAAGAGCUCUCGUUCUUCGAUAGAGUCAAAAAAGCUAUCGGAAACAAGCAAACGUAUAAUGAAUUUUUGAAAAUAUUGAAUUUGUUCUCUCAAGAUAUUAUUGACAAGGUUACACUCGUAAAGAGGGUUGAGGGAUUCAUCGGAGACAUUCAUCCUGAGCUACUUACUUGGUUUAAAAUGUUUGUUGGCUAUCAAGAGCCGACCCAACAUAUCGAAGACAUUACUUUCAAGAAGCAUCAACUAGAAUUGUCCUUAUGCAAAGCUUACGGUCCUUCAUAUAGACAAUUGCCUAAGGCUGAGACGUAUAUGCCUUGCUCUGGGAGAGAUGAGAUGUGCUGGGAAGUCUUGAAUGAUGAGUGGGUUGGGCAUCCAACAUGGGCAUCUGAAGAUUCAGGUUUCAUUGCUCACAGAAAAAAUCAGUACGAAGAAAUACUUUUUAAAAUAGAAGAAGAAAGACUAGAAUUUGACUAUAAUAUGGAAGCUAAUUUAAGAACGAUCCAAACGCUAGAAACAAUUGCAAAUAGGAUAGCAAACAUGACACCGGAACAAAAAGCAAGCUUUAAGUUACCUCCUGGAUUGGGCCAUACUUCGCAGACUAUCUAUAAGAAAGUCAUAAGGAAAAUAUAUGAUAAAGAUAGAGGAUUUGAGGUGAUCGAUGCUUUGCAUGAUAAUCCUGCAAUCGCUGUCCCCAUAGUCUUGAAAAGGUUAAAACAAAAGGAUGAAGAAUGGAAAAGAUCUCAAAGAGAAUGGAAUAAAGUCUGGAGAGAAAUGGAACAGAAAGUGUUUUAUAAGUCGCUUGAUCAUUUAGGUUUAACUUUUAAGCAGGCCGAUAAGAAGUUAUUGACAGCGAAGCAGUUAGUGAGUGAAAUCAGUACAGUCAAGAUAGAGCAGCAAAAUAAGCGUCUUCACCCGCUUACGCCUAGACCUCAGGAACAAUUAAACUACGAAUUUAACGAUGUUGAUAUAAUUAUGGAUAUUGUUAAGUUGUCCGAUGUCUUCAUCAAUCGCUCCUCUAACUAUUCAGUGAAUGACAGAGAAAAGUUGACCCAAUUUUUCAAGUUUUUCAUUUCGUUGUUCUUUGGAAUACCGACGGAAGAUAUAGAAAGUGCUUUGGCUGCAAGAAGUAAAGAAAAUAGUCUCUCCGAAGCACCAAAGGAUGUGAGCGAACUAGGCGACUCAAGCUCAUCACCAACCACUUCCGCAUCUUCUGCUAUACCUCUGUCACCGAAGAAACGUCAUCGUGAAAGCGAUCUUUUGAAAGAUGUCUUGAAAAAGCAGUCUAAGUCAAGAAAGGACGAGCAUUCCGAAUCUCCAGCCGCUAAUGACGACUCGGAUGAACAAGACACAUCCGAAGGAGUUGAAAAUACCGAUGACUUGUGGAUUAAAACUUCAGCUUUAAAUACUCCAAGGAACUCUGAAAAAGCUAGUCCUGAGAAGAGAGACAGAUAUAACUUGAUAUGCAACACCACCAUAUAUGUUUUUUUCCGCCAUUUCAGAACCUUGUACGAAAGGUUUGAUGAGAUAAAGAAGAUGAGUGCAUCGGUAGGUGAAGAAAUCAGAAGUAGGAAAACUCCAAGCUUCGCGAAGGAUUUGAAUUUACUUUCACAUCAAAUUGAGGACAUGGGUAUCGAGAUUGUAGGGGACAAAGAUUGUUAUUCACAGAUGCUAAACUUAUCGGCGAAAGUAAUCGAAGGGGAAGUUGAUCAUCAAUGGUUCGAAGAGACUCUCCGUCAAGGAUUUAGGAAUAAAGCUUACAAAAUUUACACGGUUGAUAAAGUAAUUCAAGCUUUGGUUAAGCACAUGCACACAAUGGUGACGGAUUCAAGAACUUCCGAAAUGAUGGUCCUAUAUGAAUCAGAAAGGACGAAACCGGUUUCAAGUGCGAAAGACCAAAUCAUCUACCGUAUAAAAGUAAGAUCUUUGAUGUCAAGUGAUGAAAAUAUGUUUAAAAUUGCUUUUAAAGAGAGUGAUAGAUCUGUUAAUAUUCAAUUUGUUGGGCUUGACGAUUUAAUAAUCAAUGACCAUGAAAACGCUGAAGAGAAAUAUAACUACUACAUAACAAGCUACAUAAUGUCACAUCCAACAGAAGGGGUUCCAGCCUCUAAGAUUCUGAUGCCGUUCUCAAAAUCAUUUAUCGAAAAUGUCGAUGACGAGCAAUGCGAUGGACAUGUUACUUCUGGUCUAAAGGUCUCAAUUUGUCAAAAUUCUUAUAGAUUAUUCUUCGAAGCUGACACAUAUGAUUCAUUUACAGCUAACAACGUUUUCCAAAAGGGUGCCGCUGACGAAGUAAAUACCAAAGAGAGAAUUGAAACUUUGAGAAAUUUUGUCAAUGAUGACGAGCUUGGUUGGAAACUGACAAUAAAAGACCAAAAUGCCGAGGUACUUCAAGGAAGGGUAGAUGAAUUAUUUAAGAAAGGUGCAUCUUCAUUCCAUGAAUUAAUUAAGAGAGGAGAAAUGAACGAGGAAACUAACACAGAUAAUGUGGUAAGUGAUGGGGCAGUAUCUGGUGAUAAGCAUAUACUGCUGGUUGAUGAAAAUAUGAAGACAGAUGACAAUACCACUAAUCAAGAAGAGGUAACUUAUCUCCCAGAAUCGGAGGCAGAAGGAAAAGAUUAG